GUCACAUGAUGCUAACGUAGUUGUAAAAUUCUGACAUACGUUUCCUUUCUUUAAACAAAAAAAAAAAAAAAAUCAAUAGAAAAUUGUUCGUUUUUUCGUUCAAAAUACUAGAAUUGUCCAGGCACGUGCUAAACACUAAUAUUUUACAAUCUUAACAACUUUCGUAUUCCCCCGACUCUACUUCAUCCAAAUUAAUUAAUUUCCCGUCGAAUUUCAUUUUUCGUUCGAACACCGCGUGUUCCGCGCGUUCCUCGCGAGAGUGACAGUUCCCGCGACAAUCGGCGUUUACGUAACGAUUAAUUGGCACGUGGAGGGUGGUGGACGCGGGAAAAAGAUAACGGCCGACCGCCGCGCACUUUCAGCUGUCAUCGUCGAGAUGGGCCUAAUCGAGCGGAUGUUAAUGUUUGAGUUGGGUCGCCGACAAUAAAAAAAANAAAAAAAAAAAAAAAAAAGAAAAAAAACCAACGGAACUUUUCUCUGUCAGUGUUGCAGAUCCGUGAAACCGAUAUAGUAGGCGAAUUUCGUUGGAACUGUUAUGAGUCAGUCGUGCCGCCCAUGUCGCGUCAUUCCGUUUGACUUCUCGGUGCAUGUGUGGUCGUCGUACGAGGAGGAGCAGGCCUCCUUUGAUAUCCCUCUUUCCCGAUGGAACGUCCUCAGCCAAUCACUCCGGCCGCGAGUGAUCGCGCGAAGAUCGAAUCUUGUUGCCAGUGUGUUGCAGCGUGUUAGCGUAUGCAAAUCAAUGCGUCACGUCGCGAUUACUCGUUGCACUCUGUUUUAGUAACUGAGUCGCGAGUAACACUUGGACAGUUGCUUUUUGGUUACGCGAGAUCUCGAGGGUCGCGGUGCAACACGCACCUGGUGGUUAAAACGUACUUUGAACUGUCGGUUUGGGCUGCACGGCAUAGAAAAAGACGCGCGUAACGGUUCUCUUCUGCUGGGAGGGAAAAACUUGCGUUCUCUAGGGAUGUUUCGUGAAGCGGGUUGUGAUUUAUUCGAAGGUUAACCUAACCACCUCGUCCGAGCGAAUUCGAUUCGUACCGGUUUCUUUUUACUUCUCGUUCCCAUGUGCAACAAGAGGCUUAUCGAUCGCCGCAAAUGUUUUGCAUCUCGUGAACCAAGUAUCGUAGGUGUACAGAUAUUUGAUCUUACCCUCUGUAGUAACGCAAGUUUGUGUAUCAUAAAACCAUUGGACAGUUUUCUUUGUUUUCUUUAUGUUUAUCACUGUAGACCUUCAUUAGAACAGUCGGACUUGUUUUUAUUGUUACAACACAUUAGUCCGCGAGAUGCCAGUGGCAGAGUGGGAUUCUGACUUCGACAUAGAACACGAGCCCCCGGACAGCGAAACAGUGUUGUCCGACGACAUAUGGAAGAAAUUUGAUUUGGACUUCCUGCCUCUAGAUCACCGAUCGGACCACUCGGAUGUGUACUGCGAAUACGGUGUCGAUGAAACUAUGUUGCCGAAUGGCGGGAUGGCCUGUACGGAAUCACGGAAGAAGAUACGUCAUCACGACUGCAUGUGGGCAGGUUUGUGCAUUAGUAAAGAGCACAACAGGACGUUGCCCGCGAUGAGGGAUUCGCAGAUACAGAGGAAAGUUCCAGCUGGUCGAAGUCUUUUGAUAUCACGAGCGACCGCUUAUCUAGGGACGCCGUUGCCCAUCAAUCACCAACAGUCCCAGCAAUUCUACCGUGCGAAAUAUCAUCUGGACAGUGACGGCGAAUCCAGUAGACCGGACACGCCAAGCUCCAGCUCCGAUACUGAAUCAGAGGACGAAGGUCCUUGCUUCAGACACGAUCAGAUCGAUCUAUACGAGAAACUGUCGGAGUGUAUGCCAGAGGAGGCUACCAAAGUUGCGCCAGUGAACGGGAACCAGCGAGUGGCCGGUCGACGUGGCAGAAGAAAAGUGGAAACUCAAACGCAGUGUCAUGUGACAAAUAUUAAGAACACACUCAGUGAUCAUUGUUACCAUUUGAACCAGCCGACCGUUCAGAAUUUGGAACACCUUGGCGUGCAGACACCCUCCGAUUCUGGCGAGUCACCGACCGAUUCGGGUCAUCAAUUUAACGAAGUAGCAGAAGUUGAUGUCGGUCAAACCGGAGCGAAAUGGAGCAGUAAUGAGGAAGAGAUCGACGUGGUGACGUUCGAGAAACCGUGCAAACCGGUGUUGCCAACGUACCCGAGCCCGGCCGACCAUCAACACUUCCAAUUAACAGUUAAAACCGCGUUCAAAGAGAAACCACCGGGCUCGAGACCGCGUGGCCGACCACCCUCGAAUCCAGCGCGAAAGAGAACCGCCCAGGCCGAGGAGAAGCCAGCGAAACGAGCUUGUUACACGAGACGAGCCAAGACGGAACAAUGCACGCCAGCGGCAACGUCCGCGACCACGUCCGCGUCUAUGGCCGUGGUGUCGCCGCCGCCGAAAACGUUCACUGCCUCGAGAAGUUCCUCCGAAGACGAGCUCGACACCGAGAAGAGAAGGGAGCACAACAACAUGGAGCGCCAGAGGCGGAUAGAGCUGCGAAACGCGUUCGAGGAGUUGCGCGUGCUGGUGCCAGCCGUCGAGAAGAAGGACAAAGCGCCGAAGGUGGCGAUUCUCAGGCAAGCGGCUUCCUACUGUUACACGUUGAAGGAGACCGACGAAGUUACGUCGACGAAGGUGAUGGAGCUUAGGAUGCGGCAAGAGAAACUACGGGCAAGGCUUAGUCAAUUGAGGAGGUGUCUCGCCAUGACACGCUAAGGGUGAAGAAGGAAGAUUAGAUACAUUGUCAUCGGUAAUCGCUGAUGACAACUUACACACGCGAGCGAGGAAAGAUUCUGUCCCGUGUCGAUUCGGCUCCUUCUGGACUGUUGUCCGCCUGCGUUGCUCGCGCACUUCCGGUUCCCCCGAAAUCCGUUCUUUUUCGUCUUUCCCUCGUACACACCGUGUCACAUCGUCACUUGGCCGGAUGUGAUUUCAUUUUCGUUUCGAAAAUUUCAACGUCGGUGCAAAAGGACCUCGGUCCAGAAGGACGAAUCGAUCCAAAUUAUGAGAGAAUUAUUCGACCCCGUAGUUAGUUAGUUUCUUGCAGAGAGAGAGAGAGAAAGUUAUGUAUCGCGAUGACACGGCGUCUGAUCGAGAUAGAUCGGAAACUGGUCUGGACGAGAUCGAACGAGAGUCGCGAAACGGAUCCGCUAUUUAUUACGCAUUUUUUGCACGUUUACAUAUACACACAUACACACGCGCGUACGAGUCUUUUCAUUUUCGCGCAUUACACUUGCAUUUAGAUACCUCGAGACAAAUCCGACGGAGUAAGGCCACAAAAAAAAAAAACAAAAUGAAAGAGAAAGAAAAAAGA